CCCUGAGACUGCUUUAUUAGUAGACUAAUACACUGCAAAAAUGGACUCCUCCCGAUCGGGAUUCUUCAACGGGCGCAUUGCCCGGGCCCUGCUGGCGUUCAACAACUUUGUUAUCCUGGCCUCAUCCGUCAUCACCACGGCAAUUCUGGCGUACCUCAUCCAUCGCUCGCUAUACCGAGGCACACACCUGAUUUACAACCUGGUCAUCUCCGUGCUCACGCUCUUCCUCUACCUCUUCCUCGUGGUGCUGCCGGCGGUCAAGCGGUACCGCGGCUAUGCACUGCCACUCAACCUGCUGCUGACCUACCUGUGGCUCACGUCGCUCAUCUUCUCGUCGCAAGACUACUCGGGCGGACGCUGCCGCUUCUUCUCGCCCCCGGGCAUCGACCGCUGCGGCAUGAAGCACACCAUCCAGGCCUUCUUUAUCAUUGGCUUCUCCUUCCUCCUCUUCAACACCAUCCUCGAGGCGUUGAUGUGGGCGACCCACAAGAGGAACGAG